AAAACAAUAAGACUGUCAUAUCAAAUAUGAAACUACAGAGAACCCAGAAGAAAAAGAGAAAUAUGAAUAUAGGACAACUUGCUAUUGAUGCUGCAAUCAGAAUAGCAAAUGCUGAUGAUAAUGGUAUCAAAAGGGAUGCUAGGAAGGCUAGGCUUGCUAUUUUACUACAAAAACAAUUUUACAGAAACUUAAGGCAAACUAGACUUACUGGGGAUACAUCAGCAGCCAUCACUGUGGCAAAAAACAAACAAGAUACUGCCAGAAAAACAUCAAAGCAUGCUGCAACAAAGAAAGCCAUACAAAAAGCAUAUAUGGUCCAGCGAUGCCGAACACGCAGGAAAAAAUUACUCAGGAGAUUGCGGAAUUCAAAAAAACGAAAAGGCCAUAAAGAGGGUGACCAAAAUGAGGUGUUUCAUGAAGUUUAUGAAUCAGAAGAAGAGUUCCCACAUACAUGUAUGGAGCUGGAAAAGCAUGAUGUCGGGGGUCCAACUGCAGUAUUCCCUCAUUGUCAAGCAAUGAUGUGGGAUGAAGAGAGGACCAACAAAAGCCAGAAGAAUAAGCCACCAGAGUUUGGACUUUGUUGUUUGAAGAGAACUGUUAAACUCCCUCUUCUGCGAUAA